AUGGCUGAAGGCAACCAAAGCGGCCUGGUCCAGUUCACGCUGCAGGGCCUUCCGGAGCAGUCCAGCCACGGGUGGGUCUUGUUUGGCCUCUUCUGCUGGCUGUACGCGGUCGCUCUGGCUGGGAACGUGCUCAUCUCCGCGGCCAUCGUGCUCGACGGCCGCCUGCACAAGCCCAUGUAUUUCUUCCUGGGCCACCUCUCGCUGGCCGACGCCUGCUUCGUCUCCACCACGGUGCCCAACCUGCUGGUGAGCCUGGGAGCCCGAGACAGGCGCAUCUCCUACGGCAGGUGCCUGGCCCAGCUCUACUUUUUCCUGACCUUCGGGGACCUCGACAUCUUCCUCCUGGCUGUGAUGGCCUACGAUCGCUACGUGGCCAUCUGCCACCCGCUCCGCUACGCCACCACCCUGGGGCCCACGCGCUGUGCCUUCCUGGUGGCCGCCUGCUGGCUGCUCACCAGCCUGGUGGCCCUGACGCACACUGCGCUCAUGGCCCGGCUCUCCUUCUGCACGGACAGAACCGUCGCGGGCUUUUUCUGCGACCUGGGCCCACUCAUGCAAGCGUCCUGCUCCAGCCCACGGGCCAACAGGCUGGUGCUGCUCACCCUGGGCGGCGCCGUCAUCCUGCUCCCCUUCGCCCUCGUUCUCAUCUCCUACGUGCACAUUGGCCUGGCCAUCCUCAGGACCCCGUCCGCCCAAGGGAGGCGCAAGGCCUUCUCCACCUGUGGAUCCCACCUCACCGUGGUCUUCCUAUUCUUCGGGACGGUGAUCCGGGCGUAUCUGUGCCCCACGGACCCCGGCUCAGCCACGCCAGGGGACACGGUGGCCAUCGUCCUGUACACGGUCAUCACGCCCACAGUGAAUCCCUUCAUCUACAGCCUGAGGAACCGCGACAUGCAGGCAGCUCUGGCCAGGCUCCUCCGAGGGCAAAGAACCUCCUAG